CCGCAGAUGUAGAUCAUGAUACAAUGGACCAGAGGAGCAGAACUCUUGCGGGGUCUCUGGGAAAGAUUCUCGUUCAUCUUGUAACUUAGUGCUUGAGACUCAGACAGACUUGAUUGUUUGAUGGCGAUUCCAUGCUUUGAUUUACGCCAUGCUGGGAUUCUGUGCAAUAUUGCACCAUAAAAACCUCGCACCAAAGGGUCUAACUGCCGAUGCACCCUCAUUGUAUCAGAAAACAGUUCUCACCUCGCUAUUCAACAGAUCUACUUGUUUUUAUUCGAUUUGUCAAGCUCGAAGAGCCAUGACGGGCUUGAAGCGAGGUAGCUUACAAGUUAUUUACGUUGUUUUCUUGCUGGGCAAUGUGCAGUGGAGCCGCCUUGGCGUAGUUUCAGUUGAGCCCAGCGAAAUCACCGACCUCAGGUCUACCCAGCAUGAAGUUCCAUCGCUAGUUCAUCGUUUUGAUGCCCAGGACCACCCUACUGAUGUGUGUCCAGAAGGCAGAACCAAACUCCAAGGAGACUUUCAGCCAGAUAGAAUCCCGUCUUGGCAUUGUCAUAAAGCUCUAGAAUCGCUCCCUGAGUCCCAUGAGCAAAAAAAACAUAGCCGUUCAUCAAACGCAUACGCUCUGAACCAUGCAGAACACGAUGCUGAAAUCAGGAAUGUCUCUGGCAAUCCCCAGGUAGCCGAGGCAAACAAGGAAACAGCAAAUCCGGUAGGUUUUGACCGUCCUUUCGACCCAAAUAGCGGAGUUGUCUUGGCAAAUGAACAGUGCUUCGGUGUGGCAUCUUCAGGCCCUGAAGCUGUCGGUGUUCCGAACACAGAACCUAUUAGCAGCAGUAUUAACACCAACCAAAAUACUAAGAAUUGGAAUUAUAAAAAAACAAGACAUCUUCCUCAGAGUAGAGGAGAAGCUCCGGGGCUCGUUGCGAAAUCCGGCCAAAAUACGCAUUCUGCUUAUCACCCCAUCUACAAUAAGCCACAGGCUCCCAACACAGGAAUCCACUUGCCCAGCUCAGGCUACCAGGCGGCAAAUGACCCUCAAGGAUAUCCAACCACUUACUACCCCACAAGUUAUCAGCAUUUGGUUUCGGAUCAAUCAUCUUGGAAGUACCAAUUGCAUUGUGUGGAAUUCUGGGAGCCUCAAGUUACCUACCAUCUACAACGAGGGUUAGCAUAUAUACCGGUUCAUGUGUUCAAAGAUUCAGCUGUUCCUUCGGCUAUUCCGGCUGUACAUAACAGACUAAAUGCCCACGCCCCGUUGUCACACCCUACAAACCAUGCUUAUAUCGGGGAGAGCACUGGAAACACUAUACCCGGAAGUGGGCAGAUUGGAGGAAAAUUGUCAAUUCAAGCGGAUGGCAGAGCUGACAAGCCUAAGGAAUCUUUCAUAAAUUACAGAAAGCAUCAGAGGAAUGAAGAGGUGGAUCAAGACAGCAGGAUACCGUCUGCGUGUAAAUCUAAUAACCAAGUCAACUCGGAUACUGAAAAGGAAGCAGCACUGGAAAACCCCAAAUCAAGAUCUUUGCAAUCCCAAUUUGAUUCAAACAAUGCGGCCAAGGAAACAAUCGUAUUACCUGAUGAUUCUGUUAAUGUUACAAAUGAUUCGCAUCCCGAAUCACAUUACAGCUCAGAACCAAAGACACCAUUUAUCAAGAAAAUGAACGAAAAUCCACCAGUAGACUUAGAUUCACUUCCAGGAUCAAAUCAUAAUCCCAACACCAGUGAAGAAAAUACAGAGGAAGCUGAUGGGAUUCCGCCAGAAGUCACAGACUCGGUGAAUACAAAAAUUCCAUGCAAAACGCGCACAAAUGUGAAAAAGAUGUGCAAAGAUUUACAGCCUCAAACUCCUAAGCCAAAAGUAGGAGCAGGCUGGGAUGUUGCUUGUGAUGGUGUUACCAAACAUAAUAAAAUACAAACUUCACAAAUCCCCGAGUCCAAGAUUGUGGCUGGAGAUCAGAAAACAACUGCAAAUCAAGAUUUUUCCAAAGAAAACUCAAUCAUCAGCCAACUACUGAACAAGUAG